AUUGUUUUCUUCAGAAGUUUCUUAGACGUGGCAUUUCUUUCAUCAAAAUGUAAUCACUAAGCUCUCCGCCUCGGAAGCAACCUUUCAUGUAUGCUAUGCUGAAUGAGUGACGUAGCGGCGUCAUGACGCAGGAAUCAUUUGAACCGGAUCUUUCAAACCGAUUCUUUGACGAAUCAAACGGUUUAAAAAAAAAAAGAACCAGUUCGCGCUGCAUAGCAAGUCACGGGCAGAUAUGGUGAAAAGGUGCGUUUUGGGUUGUUAUCCGCACAAAACCUUGUUCCCUUUCCCCAAGCUGCCGUGGUUGCGAGCCCGCUGGCUUGAAUUUUUGCAUUUUGAGGAAGGAGGAAUAUCGGAGGGCUCGCGGUUGUGUGCGAAACAUUUCGCCCCAGAAUGCUUCACAAAUUUACAGCAGUACGAAAUGGGCUUCGCUGACUUUCUUAGCUUAAUAGAUAUGGCUGUUCCGACUAUAUACACCGUUGGCCCGGUACCGAGUGUGAAGCCAAUAACACGCGAGGUGGGCUGCCAGUGUAAUGCUCCGAUUCUGAAGAGCGUUGCGGUCCAAGCAGUACGCACCCAAAAAAAGCCAAAACGGAGAAGUAAAGCCAUUCAAGUGAGACCUCUUUUGAGUCAUUGUGCUAGUGUGUCCUGCUUCGAUGAGGAUUUUCCCAUCAAAUCUGAAUCUUCAUUUACAUUAACACCAAUUAAAAGGCCACGCAUGGAGGAUUCCCCUGAGAGGUCUACACACAGCUCAGAAGAACCAACAGAUGACACCCACGUGCCUAAUAUAAUUAAAGAAGAUGACAUAAAGGUAGCAAAAAAUCAUUCUAGUGAUGUCCGGAGGCUUCUCUCGUGUAUGUCUACCGGAGCAUGGGUCCUUUACCCCACAAAUCAUAGAUCGAGUUAGUCUCCAUGCCCCUCACUUUCUGAUCCAUGU